CAUCUCGCCAGCUGCUGCCUUUUCCUUCCUUCCCUUUCCUGCCCCAUGGCUGGCCAUCCGGGUGCUCAGCCUUGGCGAUGGGUCUCUCAGCCUUGGCAAACAGACCGCGUCGUCUUAUGCUUUUUUUCGUCUCUUUUGGCUUCCCGCUUUUUCUCUCGACAAACACCAUCGAUCCACUUACUUUGGACGACAGGGGCUUGUGAUGCCCACGUUUCCAUGGUUCCCUCGGGCUGCGAUGGCUUUCGGCCCAGCAGAUGCAAUAUCAAUCUGACUAUGGAACAUGCUACGAAUGUGGGCUGAAAAAUUGCCUCGACCGUCAUUGGCGCGCAGCAAGCUGCAUCCAGCUACGAUGCCAUGCCCACGGGGAACCAACCUCAGAGUCAUCCGACAAGGACAAGGUCAGCCGCCGCGGCCGAGGGCCAAGACAAUGAAAGACAAGCUUGGGUCGUGGAGACGUACAGAGGUCCCCAGCAAUGAAUUCUCGGAAGCUAUUGCUUUGUUGCGUUAGAAGAAAAGCGAGCAAUCCGCCCAGGAGGGGAACCUGAAGAAGCAGAACAAUGGAGGGCAUAUCCGCGCAUAUUCAACACGGCCAACUGGCAGGGAUCCCAUCCGCCGCAUCGAAUUCUGUCUUCCUCCUCAUUCGGACCUGCGCAUGCUUACUUCGCAACUUGCAACACCCUACGCCUGGUAUUCGCCUCUCUUCCUCCAGUCUCCCUGGCAUCUUGUCCCUCUUGAGAAGUUCUCCCGCUGCAGAGACUUCCUCUUUCCUCGUCCACGUCCUAAUCCGCCAACCCAUCACCCUGAGGGACUACACCGGCCAGACAUACCGGCUCGGCGAAUUGACUUUCUCACCUGGACAACUUCUCUCAAGGUGCUCACUCUCCUCACCUCUCCUGGAGGGUGGUCGUUCAUACUCGCCACCUUGACAAGAAAAUCUCUGCCAUAAAACACCCAGACCAGAACCACCCUGCCAAUAAGUGCAGCUUGACGCUUCCUGCAACACCAUCCUGUCUUGGAUUUCGUCCGGAGAAAUUCAGCCCUGUCCGCCCAUCUCUGCACAGACAAGGCCCAGGCUCGCUUCCACCUUAUCACUGGCAGCUUCUUCAACGUCUAGACUCGGACGUCAUGGUCAGGUUCACUCCCGCUGCCGCCGUUGCGGCUUUUCUGAGUACUACCUCGGCCUCCCUUGUCGCGCGACAGACGGCUGCUAGCACCACUACCACGGCUGCUGGGUCUGAUCCCACGGCCAUCUCUCAGUGUUCCGUUGCCUCGUCCACUCAGAUCUGCAAAGCUGGAACCACAGAGUUCACAGUCGUGUCUACUCCUACUGGCACACUACCCAGUUCGUACACUGGAUGUCACAAGCAUGCAACUGACUUGUACUGCUUCUAUCCGGAUGGUGAGGUUGAAGUCGUGGCCGCCAAUGCGCCGGCUGCCACCGCUGCCACGACGACGGCUGCCGCUGCUGCGACUGGCGCACCUACGGCAGUGUCUGACUGCCACCUUCACGGGGUCACGGUCUUCUGUAUGUGGGGUACUACGGAAUAUCAGGUCAUGACGACGCCCACCAACACUGCCGCCUCAGCGAUACCAACAGCCUUCACUGGUUGUCACGCCCACGGCGCUGAUACUUACUGUCUCGCUCCCAAUGGAGAUGAUGUCGAAAUUGUUGCCGAGGGUGCUGAGUCUUCCGACCAUGACGACACGAGCGGAGAAGAACCUCAGGGAGAAAACUGCCACUUCCACGCCGGUGUCGAGCAUUGCGUUGGCGCAGGCGAGAGCGAGAGCAGUAGCGGCACGAGAAGCUGCGAAAAGGUCACGCGAGACUAUAAUAUUCCUCUGCGUGUCGGUCUUCUCUUCGUAAUUCUGGUCACUAGCGCCUUUGGAGUCUACUUCCCCAUAUUCAUGAUCAAGUGGAUGCCCACCAAGACGCACACCAUCUUCCUCAUUCUCAAGCAGUUCGGCACGGGUAUCAUCAUCUCUACCGCCUUCAUCCAUCUGUACACCCACGCCCAGCUCAUGUUUGGCAAUGAGUGUCUGGGCAGUCUUGGCUACGAGGGAACCACCUCUGCGAUUGUCAUGGCUGGUAUCUUCCUGUCUUUCUUGGUUGAGUACAUUGGAAAGCGCAUGGUCUUGGCAAAGAUGGCCGCCAAUCCUGGCGCAAUGACCCGUUUCUCCCCCGAGACAGUCACCGUCCUGGUCCUUGAGUGCGGCAUCAUCUUUCACUCUAUUCUGAUUGGUAUCACCCUUGUUGUGGCUGGUGACACCUUCUUCCUGACCCUCUUUGUUGUCAUUCUGUUCCACCAGAUGUUUGAGGGUAUCGCACUGGGCACUCGCAUCGCCCAGCUCGGCCAGCCGACCCCGGCUGAAAUGGCAGAGCGUCCUGCCCCGAGUGCGCCCGCCGAAGUCGAGCAAACCGCCUCCGCCGGGGGCAGCCUCAACUCCCUGAAGAAGCCCAGCUUCUCCCUCGUCAAGAAGCUUAUUCUCGCCUCUCCCUUUGCGCUCGUCACACCCAUCGGAAUGGCCAUCGGAAUUGGCGUCCUCUCGCAGUUCAACGGCAACGACCGCGAUACAAUCAUCGCUAUCGGUACCCUCGACGCGCUCUCGGCCGGUAUUCUCGUCUGGGUUGGUGUUGUGGAGAUGUGGGCCGAGGACUGGAUGCUUCCUGGCGCGGAGCUCCUAAGCACUGGUCCGAUUGUUACGACUCUUGCUUUCUUCGGUCUCAUCGCCGGCAUGAUCAUCAUGAGCGUGCUCGGCAAGUGGGCUUGAGUUGUUGAUUAUUGAAUAAGGAUGAUAGAAGGACGAGAGUCAAGUUAAUGAUGAGUCGUGGUGCUUACUUCUGUUACGGCUACACCUCUAAUGUGGAAAUGGGAAAAGUUUGUAGAUAUUGGGUCGGUCCUUUUCAUGAUAGAUGUUAUACCCUAAACGAGUGUAAUGACAGUUUGCUUUCCAGCAAAGCCUAGGAACUCCCGUG